AUGGCCGUUUCAUUGGUCAGAGCCUGGCUGGAAGGGGAUUGGAGGAUGCUGACACCGCGCAUGCUAGCGUGGACCCAGGCGAUCAGCUGGUGGCUGGCCUUUUCAGUUGUCAUGACGAGCACGCUAACUGGUGUCCGAGAUUUGAUAUUAUCUGCGUUCGCCGAUUCACUGAUCAGAGCAACUGGAAGUCCGAAGCGUCAGACUCGCUGGAAGCUUAAGAAGAGAGGCGUGCUGGUUAUAGCGAACCUCCAGCUCUCUCCAUUGCUACUUGAUGACCUGGACCUCCCGGUAUUAGCACAUUCAGCAAAGGUGGAGACAUUGGAGCUCUCACUCCCCCUCCUGGCUUUUCUCCUCGCUAGAAACAUCUCUCUGCAAAUCAGAGGGUUCCAUGUGGAGCUGACUUCUUGCAAGUUCCCCUCUGAGAGGGAUUGCCGUGGGCUUGACGCUCAGGUGGAAGCAGAGAAAAGGGCCAGGCAACGACAGAGGCUGAUAGACAUUGACAGAUUGCUCUGGGAUGACAAUUCUCCUCCUCCUUCCUUCAUGCAGAAAUUUCAAGACUUCCUCAUUUUCACAGUUGCCUCCCGAGCAGCACAGUGCGUGCAGGUCUCCAUCUCCCAGGUGACCAUCCAAUUCCGACCCAGCUCCCUAAGCUCCCUCCCUCAGCCUCUCCAUCGUACUCUCGCCCUCCGCCUCGACUCCCUCAGCCUCAGCAACGGCCCUCCAGCUUCCACUGAUCUGCUGCUUCCCAGGGCAAAGGUGGUGGACGUGCGGGGCUGCAAGCUUGAGCUCGUGAACGAGUCGAGCAGGCCUUCUGCUCCAUCCUCAGGGGUUCAGGCGGGAAAUGACAGUGCCGCAACUGGCAAGACGGAUUCGUCUAGCAGACUGCACAGGCAAGCCCCACAGAGGCCUGCUGUGACUGUGGUGAAGCGCUGGAGCUUCUCUGUGACUGUGGAGGCAGGGUGGGGUUUAUGGCACCAGGGCAGCAAGAACAGUGGAGUGGUGGUGUCUGCCUCGCUGGACAUGGGUGCUCUCAUCAUGAACAGACUCGCCCUCGUGCUUCAGUGCUUGAGGAUCCCAGGGCAUGGUGGCGGCAUGCCAUUGGAAGCGUGGCACGAGAUCUGCGAGCAGCGGCAAUGGACGUUUGAGCUGACAGGGCUGUCGCAAUCCCUCCAAGCCACCCUGCGCCUGCAGUACGAGAAGCAGUACAGCGACUUCGUUGCAGGGCGCUGCUGGUCCGUGGCGUCCGCUCAGACGUGCCUGCAACAGCUGGAGCAGCAGCUUGGCACGUUCAACUGUGCGCUUGUGCGGUUCAGAGUGGCGCUGGCAGCAGAAUCCGAGGGGUUGUCCCGCAGUGAGCCCGCAUGGGAUCAGCACAUGGCCAACGUGAGAAACAAACUCCAGGAUCUGAACUAUUUGCUUUCUGGUGGCUCUGUUCCUGAGCCUCAGGCAAAUAAGCCAGUCCUCGAGGUCAGCAGCAGGUUUACCUGCCCCAAGCUGUGCGUCUUGCUGACAUCAGCGUCAGACCUCGAUUGGGGUGCUGAGGUGUCGCUGCAUGAGGUGGCGCUGAGGUUCACAGAGAGGGGUUCUCUUCAUGCUGAGGUGUCAUGCAGGGAGCUUUUGAGGUACGGCUCUCAGCCCCGUCCCUGCCAGCUGCCCACCUGUCUGGUCGGCAUGUGGCAUCUCUCCUUCCCCUCAGAGCUCAAAAAGCCAAGAUCAGGCCGUUUCCUCCAGUUUCUCCGGUCAAUCCGGUCCGACAAGUACGCAAAGUCAUUGCAGCAGAGCCAGAAAAGCUGUGCAGACACCAGGAGAGGGGCAGCAGCAGCAGGAUCUGAAGGAUCCAGCGGAAGGGGUGGAGGAGAGGGAGCAGCCAACACAUCAGACGACGGAGAGAAGCAGGAGAAGUACAGGAGAACAUGGCGAGGCGAAGUGGAAAGGGGAGCGUGA